AUGCGUUCCGAGGAUGGCGACCAAGGUUUCCCCGGCAAUUUGGAUGUCACUGUUGUUUUCACAAUCACCGGUAGCAGGUUGACGAUGGAGUACUAUGCCACUACUGAUGCUACUACUGUUAUCAAUCUGACACAUCAUACUUACUUCAACCUCAACAACGACCAUUCACAGACUAUACGCGACCACGAGUUAUGUCUACCAAAUGGUCACCAAUUCGUGAAGGUUGAGAACAAUGGUAUCCCCAUUGCUGGUGCUCCAUCUGAUGUUAAGGGUACCGCUUUCGAUUUCACCUCUCCGAGAAUUAUUGGUGAUGCUCUUUCCGAGAAAGACCAGCAGUUGACUGAGAUGGAUGGAAUUGAUCACAACAUCGUCAUUUCUGGCGAGGCUAAGGAGAUGAGGACGGUUGGCAGUUUAUACUGUGCCGCCACUGGUCGUCGUGUGGACAUUACCUCUAACGAGCCCGGUAUUCAACUGUACACUGGAAACCAUCUGCCCAUGGAGAACAAUGGUGUUGCCAUCGAGACGCAGCAUUAUCCCAACUCGCCCAACCGUCCUGAUUUCCCGUCAACUCUUCUCAGACCAGAUGAAAAAUAUUACUCCAAGACAGUAUAUGAUUUCAGUGUGGUUGCGUGA